AUGAACUGGUCUGUAUCUGUCUUGUCCGCGCACACAGCGGACACCCACCCCUCGCUCGUGGUUACCUUCGACUCGGGCAAGUAUAUAUUUAACACUGGUGAAAACACCACGCGAGCGUUUCUGCAGAGCCAUAGGGGAUGGAAGCGUUCUCGAGCCGUGGUACUGACACGCGUGGACACACGGAGGGCGCUCGGAUUGCCAGGUUUUCUGAUGACCUUGGCUGAUGCAAGCACCGCAAGAAUGACUGUCGUCGCUCCGCAGGGCCUCAUGCACUACCUGGCGUCUAUGCGGCUCUAUUUCUAUCGAAACACGCUCUCGUUAAGCCCGAUCGAAGUCCCCAUCUCCCGACCUUCGAGUUCGGACGCUGAGGCGGUCUACAAAGAUGAAAACAUGUCCAUCUACGCUCUCCGUCUCUCUCCACCCUCUCCCUCUCCUGUUCCUAUACCUACGCCCAUACCCUCGUCCACCUCCGCCGAACGAAAACGCAAGCGCCCUCAGACCGGCCCGGCCUCCUUAGCCCCCGCAAUCCCCCAGACCUUCUUGUCAAAAAUCUCCAGCCUCUCGAAUCUCGAUCCCGAGCGCCUGCGUGGGCCGGAGCGCGACUGGUGGCGGUGGAUCGUCGUGGAGCGCAUGUUCAAGGACCUCGGCGUGCCUGCCCCCGAGGGACCGAAGAAGGAGAGUAGGGCGGCGAAGAAGCAGAAGAUCGGCACCACGAGGCCCGCAGAAGCGAGUCAGGAGGAGAAGGCGGCGGUUUUGCCAGGCUGGUGGCGGCGCCUACCUACAUUCUCGCUGGGAUCCUCGGAACCCAUACCUUCCAAUGGUGCUCCGGCGGAGGGCCCUGUCCUGUCGUAUAUCCUCGUUGGCCCGCGGGUACGUGGGAAGUUCAACGCGAAACGUGCGGAUGAGCUUGGCUUGGGCCCAGGGCCUCUGAGGGCCAAGGUAGCAAGAGGUGAGACAGUAACAUUCACCGUUACCCUCCCCGAUGGAACCAAAGAGGAACGCACGGUCACACCUCAGGACUGCCUUGGUGCCAGUGAGGCUCCAGCUGUGGUCGCAAUUCUCGAUGUUCCCUCUCCAUCCUACAUCCCGUCUCUCGUGACCGAACUGAAAUCCUCUCCCGUCCUUUCUGGCAAUGAUGGAGAAAAGUACAACAUCCGGCUUGUUGUGCACCUUUGUGGCGACGACGUUUGGGGGAAUCAAUAUAUUCAGGGUGUUGUCCGGUGCUUCCCUGCAAGCGUGCAUCAUCUGGUAUCCUCGAAGAAACACUCGCCAAACCCCGUAACGUUCACGAGUGCGGGGUAUGCCCAGCUGAAGCUGAACCAGCUGGACCCAGAUAUGUUCCCCCUGCCGCAGUUCAACCUUGAACCUGAAUUCCCACUGGACGGUACAGCUCCGCCAGAUUUGAACAUACAGCCUCUCCGUUCUAAUAUCCUGAUUGAUAUCCGUCCUCCGCGCGCCCCAGUGCACGAGCACGAGGCGGAUGAGCGGGACCUCUUCCACCCGGGAAUUAUUGCGCCUGCGGAGAAUCCCGUCCUCGGGGAAACUACAGCCGAACGAUUCACGCGCGCAAAGGAGAUCGUGAAGGAGAAAGAAGAGCGUAUGAAACAGGCAGGCAGGCCGGCAAAGCCGGGCGAUGAUGUCUUGGUCGUCCCUCUAGGGACAAGCAGCGCAAUGACGACGAAGUACCGCAACGUUUCUGGGACGAUGAUCACUAUACCGGGGUAUGGGAAUAUCUUGCUGGAUGCGGGCGAGGGGUCAUACGGUCAGCUCGCGAGGUCAUACGGCCCUGGGGAGGAGGGCGUGGAGAAGGUCCUUCGGGAGCUGCGGUGUAUAUUCGUGAGCCACGCGCAUGCGGAUCAUCACAUAGGCUUGGCGAGGGUUUUGGCUGAGCACCGUCAGUUGGAUCCUCCUCCCCCACCGCUAUACCUAGUCGCAAACGAACCUAUCUUGCUCUACCUGAGCGAGUACUCCGACCUCGAGGAGAUCGGCUGGAGGGAUGGGAGCGUACGCACCAUCUCCAGUGAAACGCUUGCCGUACCGUCGUCUGACUCGAGAAUGGACAGCAUCCAUUCACAUUACCGAUACAAACUGAUUAUUGAUGUGUCCUUGGGUAGCCAGGAGACUGUGGAGAGCCUUUAUGCUGCAUUAGGGCUGAAGAAGUUUUUGACUGUUAGCAUGCGCCAUCGGGUAAGGUGUUAUGGAUGUGUCAUCGAGCACUUGGACGGCUGGAGCAUAGCCUACUCCGGUGACACGAUGCCAUCGAUGGACCUCGUCAACGCAGCAAAGAACGCUACUCUCCUCAUCCAUGAGGCGACUAUGGCCGACGAGGAAGCCGAAAUGGCAGCUGUCAAAGCCCAUAGCACCAUAGGACAAGCGGUGGACAUCGGCACAAAGAUGAACGCCGAAAACAUCUUGUUGACACAUUUCUCCGCUCGGUACCCUAAAAUGCCCCCAUCUCUGACGGAACCCAAGGACAGCAACAGCGCCCAGCCGAUUAUCGCGGUCGCCUUCGACAAUGCGAGGAUACGAAUCGGGGAUAUGUGGAAGCUGAACACUUACCUCUCGGCCAUCGAGUCGAGCUUCGAGGAGACUCCUGAUGCCGAUGACGAAACUGAAAAGGGCGAUAAAUCUUAG